CCAUUUAUAAUUUCAAUCCUAUUGCCAGGCUAUCCUAAAGUGUUUACAUGUUCAUUGAUAAUUAAAUAUAAUAGAAAAACCGUGAUAGUUCAAAAGAAUUAUAACGUUUUUAAACAAUUCUUAGCUGUUUCACGUAAAAUUAAAAUAGUACGCCUUAUUCUCAGUGCUUCAUAAACAUCAUCUUGAACUGGUUCCUCAGGGUCGAACAAUAAAGCAGUCUCUAUCCUCGUAUAUGUGUUUGAUGAUUUGACAUCAAUUCAGACUCUGUAAUCUUCUUAACGGGAGCCAGAGUAAUAAGCAUAGAGCAGUUCCAUAGUGCAGUUUAAACGCAACAGUUUGCUGAAGUAUUCGGAGGUAUCCAGAUCUACACUAGACGAGAUCAAUAUCAAGUGCAAUUACGGCUGUGGGUGUUCAAAGUGCAUUUAAAAGGUGAAAUUUCAAUCAUAUUCAGUGAUAAAGUUCCACGUACAUAUCGGAGUGCGGUUCUCACCGAAGGAAAACGAAAAAUCAUUGUAUCGCAUAUCUCAGAUAUUGACUCACGAGAUGCCGAGCGCAAAGGUCAACCCAGAUCUGCAUAAUGAGCGGAAAAAGUGCACCUUCAAAAAUGAAGAUUUCACGCUUUGGUGGAUAGGCGGAGAAGCCAAACUGAAGGAAAAACGUUCGCGAGAGAAAUUCUUCCUGUCAGAGCCGGAAUUUUUCGACAAAGUCCCCCUGCAUUUUGUGUCCCAUAAAGAAGUCUACGAAGAAUCGGUCCGUAAAGCUACUGUCAUUUUCCGCAAGGUGAAACAGAUGCAGGAACAGGGCAAAGAUGGUGUUGAAAAUUAUAUGGCUCUUCUGGGAGGUCUGCUAGGAUCCGGUAUCCUGAAGGAAGGAAAUCCGCUCGCCGUGCACUUUGUAAUGUUUCUUCCUGCUUUGAUGGGCCAUGGAACGCCGGAACAACAAGCGGAGUGGAUAAGUCGAGCAUGGAAUUGUGAGAUUAUCGGAACUUAUGCACAGACUGAACUCGGUCAUGGUACUUUCAUCAGGGGAUUGGAGACAACUGCGACAUAUGAUGAACGGACGAAGGAAAUUGUUUUAGAAAGUCCCACGCUGUCAUCGUACAAAUGGUGGCCAGGAGGCCUCGGUCAUACGGCGAACUACUGUGUAGUGAUCGCCCAACUGUAUUCUAAAGGGGUGUGCCACGGCAUUCAUCCGUUCAUAGUACAACUUCGCGAUGAGGAAACUCACAUGCCAAUGCCUGGAAUUACUAUCGGCGAAAUUGGUAACAAGCUGGGUAUGAAUGGAGUCAAUAACGGAUUUCUAGGUUUUAAGAACGUGCGUAUUCCUCGCACCAACAUGUUGAUGAAGAAUGCCCAACUUCUCGAGGACGGCACAUUUGUAAAGCCACCCUCGUCUGUGUUGACAUACGGGACGAUGAUGUUUGUCCGCGUAGUCAUCGUAAGGGAUAUGGCAAAUUAUUUGUCGAAGGCUGUAACAAUUGCCACCCGCUAUUCCUGCGUUCGCCGGCAAAGCGUUAUCAAUCCGGAUCAGCCCGAAGUUCAAGUCAUCGACCACCUCACGCAGCAAUACAAGCUAUUUCCAGCUAUCGCAAAAAGUAUUAUUUUCAAACUGACUUCUGAUAAUUUAUGGGAUAUGUACAACCAGGUAACGUCUGAAUUGGACAAAGGCGAUCUUGAACGGUUACCGGAGCUCCAUGCCAUCGCCUGCUGUUUGAAGGCGGUUUGCACUGCCGAUGCCGCGCAGGCGGUUGAAACUUGCCGAUUGGCGUGUGGAGGUCAUGGAUACAUGACCUGUUCGAACCUUUUCGGCACAUAUGGCAUGGUUACUGCAGCAUGUACUUAUGAAGGAGAAAACACUGUGCUACUGCUUCAAACGGCAAGAUACUUACUUAAAGUAUGGAACCAAGCACAAAAAGGACAUGAAUUAGUCCCAACGGUGCAGUACCUUAAGAAAUUCUUGUCCAGUAAUCAACGUCAAACCUGGGAUGAUUCUGUGCCUGGAAUAAUUGCUGCACUUCAAACUGUGGCCGCAGGGAAACUUCGCCUGGCCAGUGAGCACAUAGAACAACGCAAACGGGCGGGCCGCACGCCAGAGGAAGCCGUCAAUCUUACAUCGAUUGAACUGGCUAGAACUGCCGACGCUCAUUGCCGAGCAUUUUUGGUUCAGUCAGGUUAUGAGAUGAUUGAAAAAUCCUGCAAAACUGCUCCACCAGAGCUAGCACGUGCUUUGCGAGACAUCUACGAGUUGUACGCGUAUGACGAGUCUAUGAAGGUCGUCGGAGAUUUGUUGAUGUUCACCACUAUUAGUGAGAGCGAUAUUACGAGGUUGCAACAGAAACUGGAAGACGCCUUAGCUGCUAUGAGACCAAAUGCUGUUGGUAUUGUGGACUCAUUCGACAUUCCGGAUAUGGUGCUGGGAUCGGCCCUUGGUGCCUACGAUGGAAACGUUUACGAACGUUUGUUCGACGAGGCUAAGAAGAGUCCUCUCAACCAGGAACCAGUGAACAAAUCAUUCCACUUGUAUCUGAAGCCGUUCAUGAAGUCAAAUCUAUAAAAUAGAUGUAUUUUUACGAAGCGGUUGUUAUGCGAGCGUGACUUUAUUUUAGGAAAUGGUGAUAGAUAAUCAAUUGUUUAUACAUUUUAUGAACAUUUAUAUUUUUAAUGUUUUAAAAAAGCAAUCAAACAAGUGGUGAUAUAUAAAAAAACUCCUUUAAUAAAAUUUGUACAAACUAUAAAAAAA